AUGGCGGAACCCCGUGCCCGUGCCGCCCGACACAAGGGCCAGAUGAACUUCUCAUCCGAGCUCCGCUUACUCCUGCUGGCCUACGGCGACCCAAGCCCACACCCAUCUUUCCCCUCCGAGCCCCUCCCCGAAACAGUCCGCGUCCUCGACGAAAUUGUCACAGACUUCAUCCUAGAACUGUGCCACGGCGCCGCGCAAGUUGCGCACCACGCGCGCCGACAAAAAAUCAAGGUUGAUGAUUUCCGGUUCGCGCUGCGCCGAGACCCGAAUAAAUUGGGUCGUGUGCAGGAGCUGCUGCGUAUGGAGCGCGAGCUGAAAGAAGCGCGCAAGGCGUUCGAUCAGAACGAUGAUCAGGUUGCUAAGGAUGCGGGGAAGAAGGGCGCCGCGCCACCGGAAGAUCUUGAUGGUGCGGAGAGUGUGGCGGGUACGACUACCACGGGGAAGAAGAGUAAGGGCAAGGGGAAGAGAGCCGCUGCGCCGAGGAGAGAGUCGGAUGCUACUGAGGAGUCGGUCCCGAAGAAAAGAAAGACUAUCGGGUAA